UUAUUUUGCUGACUGACAAAAAUUGCCAAAAACGCAAUCCACUAAACAGUUCUCUUAAAAAAAAUCUAUUUGCAUUAGCGUAAAAAGUGAAAUAAUAUAGGUAUAGGAUAAUUAUAAAUUUGUCGUGUUUUUGUGGUUAUUCCAAUAUAUUUUUUAAACAUCUUCGAAUCUCAUACCAGUUUAAAAACUACGUCAGAGUAGGUAAUACCACUUUAAUUCCUUACAAGACAAUUUUUGUAUUAGUAUACAUUAUCGGGAGUAAAAUGAAUUAUGAGACGAACAGGCUUAAUACAUUUACGAAUUGGCCUACUUCAGCUCCAGUAGAUCCUAUAAGGAUAGCUAAAGCUGGUUUUUAUUACACCGGGGUGGGUACAGAAGUUCAGUGUUUUAAUUGUAGUGGUAAAAUAUCUGAGUGGAACUACGGCGAUCAGGUCAUGUGGCGUCAUCGGCAGCUAGAUCCUAACUGCGAGUUUGUAGUGAAUCCACAGCAAUCAGGGAAUGUACCUCUUGUGCUAGGAUCUGAGUGCCCUUCUAAUAUAGACCCUACGGCGUCGUGGUCUGCUUCUAAUGAUCAACAACAUGACCCUAUAGAAUCAUCUCAAGAUUACGGACUGACUGAAGAAGACGAAGUGUACAAAAGUGAUGCAUUGCGGCUAUUAUCUUUUGUCAACUGGAAUGAUACUUCAGUAUCCCGUGAAGCUUUAGCGAGUGCUGGUUUUUAUCAUGUAGGAGAGGGUCGCCUUCGCUGUGCUUGGUGUGGUGGCGAACUAGCCCCAUUUAGACAAUUUGGUACACUUGGGCCUCCACUUGAAGUGCACAGAAUGUACUUCCCUAGAUGCGAACACGCCGCAUCGCUAGAGGCGUCCCGACAAGUUAACCACUUUUCGCCACCAGCGUCGCCACAGCCGCAAACACCGCCUGCACAGUCACCACCAGAAACUGAAGAAAACCAUUCACAAUCAACUGGUGCCGAGCACAAUGCUCGUCUGCUGGAGGCGGGCGGCACUUGGCGUUCGCUUGGCGUCGUAGGCGGUGGGGCCCGUCACCCCACGCGAGCAUCGCUAGCAGCGCGUCUUGCAACCUUCGAGCGCUGGCCUGCGGACCGCACACAGGUGCCCAUGGCAUUAGCUGAAGCGGGCUUCUUCUAUACUGGUACUGAUGAUCAGGUGAGAUGUUUCUACUGCGACGGGGGGCUCGGUAAGUGGGAGGCGGGUGAUGCACCGUGGUCGGAGCACGCGCACUGGUUCCCGCACUGCGGUUACGUGUUACUGCUCAAAGGACAGGAUUUCGUCGACUCCUGCCGCAACCGCACCUCCGUGCAACGGACCUUCUCUGCUGAUAGUGGUUUAAGUGCACGAAGAAGAAAUCCCGGUGUUAACUUCUCUAUUACUGAAAGCCAAGUAGAAGAAUGUAUGGAGAGUAGCGCAGCACUAGCGGCUUUGAAUGCUGGACUGGACGCGGCUCGUGUUCGGCGAGCUCUGGCACGACGACUGCGAGCCACAGGCCUUCCGUUCAACUCAUCAGAGGCAUUGAUUGAUGCUGUCCUAGACGAACAGUUGAACGAGGAGGCAUGGAGCGUGUCACCGCAGAGCCAUCGGUUCGCGAGGGACAUACUCGCUGAAACGCUCAGGGAGUUCGCGCCCAUGUCUGGUAUAAUCCCAACACAAUGGGAUGGGCGGCCUGAGAGUCGGGAAUCCUCUGCAAGUCCUACGAGAUCAGCAUCACCAGUGGAUAAUAGACCUACAACUACUCAUCAAGAAGAGCCAGAUUCCAGUGAUAACUUAUUUACUAACGCUGUUGUAACUGAAAAUAAAAAUAAUGUAGAAAUAGAUUCUACGACAACUCCUGUACAGGAGACUCCUGUGCCAGAAAAUAAAACAAUAUCUUUAGAAGAGGAGAAUAGACAAUUAAAGGAAGCAAGAUUGUGUAAAGUAUGUAUGGAUAAUGAGGUGAGCGUGGUAUUCUUGCCGUGUGGACAUUUGGUGUCUUGCGCCCGAUGCGGCGCGGCACUGUCCGCUUGUCCGCUGUGUCGCGCUUCCGUACGGGCGCUCGUACGAGCCUACCUCGCCUGACGGCGGCAGAUCGAGAUUAUUGUGAAACAAGAUAAGUUGAUAAUACGUCAAGUCUUCAACAAGCAUUCAAGUGCAUUAGCUAUCCACGUGUUGUAGUUAUUGUGUUGAUUAAUUGCUAAGGCAUUACCCUGUAGUAAGUUACGUCUAUAAUAUUUACAUUAAUACAUUAGGCCUACAUCAAAUGUACGCUAGUAGUGUAUUGUUGGGUUGGUAUGUAGAGAUACGCCGAAUCAGAUUGUCGAUUAUUAUUUUCAACUCCUAAUAGGUAUUCAGACAUUCGAGUACUCAAAAUAUAGAAUUCGUAUACACAAUAUUCGGAUACCGGUUACGAGUUCUUAUGGUAUUUAAUUCGCGUACUUAAAUUGUAAAUUAAUGAAAAAGAUCAUUCGAAAAUUUCAUUUGUUCAAAUCCUCUAAUUGGAGUCCUGACGACUCUUUUUGUAAUCAGUACCCAGAUGUUUGAAUACAAAAAAAAAUGCUGAUUCGGCUAUCAGUAGUUGGAUGUGUAAAUUCAUAUUUGAUUCAAUGGAAAUGGACACCUACGAUUAACGGUGUUUAAUUUCUAGGUUUGACUUAGCCAAAAUUUAGUUUUAACGGUGUAAUCGGUCGGUCUUUUUUGAGACUACCCAGUAGUUGUUUAAUAAAGAUCAAAUCUCAACACCAGCAUGCUAGUUAAAUUGUUUUAAAUUUUAUAUUGAAGUUUAUAUACUUAACCAUUGUUUUUAAUUUUUUGUUACAGUUUUAUUACAUUAAAAAAAAAUUACAUCAUUUUACUUUAUGCUACUCGAGAUUAUUUUGUAAUCAUAAAUUCGGAGAUAGGCAUGCGUUAGGAACUUGCUAUCGUGCUUUGAAUAGAAAACAAUUAUGAGAAUUGAUUUUAAUAAAAUUUGAGAUAUCGGUAGGGGUCGCUAGCCUAAUCAACCAAAGUGACAUGUUUAAAAAGGGCCGAGUACUAGUUACCUACGAACUUGUACCUUUUGAUUGAUGAAUGUGGAGCAAGUGAUGGCAAUUUUUUUUAUUGAAGCCUUUGACGUGUUAUUGUUUUUUCCUACCCCAAAAAAACUAUGUUAUGAACGAAAUAUGUGUGUUUUAUUAAAUACAAAUUAAGAACAUUUUAAAUAAAAAAACUUUUUUUUUUAUACAACUUAGAAUGGCAAACAAGCUGACGGCCCACCGGAAAGUGGUAACCAUCGCCUAUAGACAUGAGCCAUGGACAUAACAGAGUAUACUGUUUCGCCCAUGAUACCCCCCAUGCGUUGCCAUUCCUGAGGACUCAGGUGUUACUCCUCUGUACCCAGUAAAUUCACGCCAUAUGUAAAUAAAAAACAGUUAAUUUCAAAUAAAUUAAUAGUUUUAGUAAAUGUUUAUACACUGUCGGACCUAUCUGAAAUAACGUUCCACUGACAUCUUUUUUUAAUAGAAUGUUCAGUCGCCGCGUUAUACGUUACGUUACGUUAUACGGAAUAGCCGUGUUACACGAGGGAUUGAAAUCGCGUAAUAGGAAUAAGAGUAUCGUGUUAUAGGAGGGAUUACUAUAUAACAUAACUGCAAGCAAUAUUAGCUUCUUCGCUAUAAGAAAUAUUUAAUAACAGAGUUAGUUUUGUUAAUUUUAAAAUUGUUUCCUUAAUUGUCGGUGUCCUUUUUCUUACGUGAUAAUAUGUAUAUCUACAAAAAAAGUUGACUUCAGACGACGAGCAAUAAUGUGAGGUAACAUUUUAGAGUACUGUAUAUAGGAGUUUUGGAAAUUAACAUACUACCUGUUUGAACCAGUGUGUCUUAUUAUUAUUAGAAAUAUCAAGUCACUUAUCACAUAAUAAUAUACACCUGUAUUGUAAUUUGAUAAUAUAGAUAAUUCUAUUUAUUUAAGAAAAUAUCAUUCGAAAAUUAAAUUAAGAUAAAGAUGUAUGCUAACCCGAUACAUAAAAUAAGCUUAGACAGACGGCAAAAUAAAAAUAAUAAAAUUUGAAUUCCAAUAACAACAUUCAUAUUUAAUUUGUUAGUUUGUGUACAUUUUAGAUUUUAUUUUAUCGUUAAAAUGGCAAAAAAAAAAAAGAAAAGACAAUUUCGUAAUGGCGUUUGUUGCAUUUGGUGAUGAUAUAUAAAUAAUAGAAACUUAAAAACUGGACUAUUUUUUAUUGCUUAAAAAUUUUAUGCAAGUCUUCUGAAGUUGCUUUACUGCGUACAUUGCUAUAGUUAAAGAUAUAUUAAAUAUUGACUCGCAAAUAACUCAUUAAAUAUUAUCUGAACAAAGAUCAUUGGGUCUAUUAAAGAUUUUAUAAUUUAUUGCUGUUAUUUUUAACCGAGAUGAUUCUGAUUUUGAUGAUACGUAAAAGGGUUGACAUAUACUAUAUAUAUAUA